AUGCAUCUGAUAGCCUAUCUAGCUCCAUACUUCCGGUUGGAGACUGCUCAGCAAAAAUUUGUUUGCCUGUUGAGUCAAUUUUACCCAUUUAAAAAAGCAUCAGGUCCCAUCAUACGGUUGCCGCUGUUGUCAGAAAAUAUCCUAUCACCAUGUUUCAGACCAGAUCAGAAUAUGACAGGGGAGUCAACACCUUUUCUCCUGAGGGACGUCUUUUUCAAGUUGAAUAUGCUAUAGAAGCUAUCAAGCUUGGUUCUACAGCCAUUGGGAUCAGGACCAAUGAGGGCAUCGUGUUAGCGGUAGAGAAGAGAGUGACUUCACCUCUGAUGGAAGCCACAAGUAUUGAGAAGAUUGUGGAGAUUGACAGCCAUAUUGGAUGUGCCAUGAGUGGUCUUAUAGCAGACUCUAGGACUAUGAUUGACAGGGCUAGAGUAGAAGCACAGAGUCAUUGGUUCACAUACAAUGAGAAGAUGUCUGUAGAGAGUGUAACUCAAGCUGUAUCAAACCUUGCUCUUCAGUUUGGUGAUGAUGAAGCAGGAUCAGGUGCCAUGAGUCGACCAUUCGGAGUAGCCUUAUUGUUUGCUGGUAUUGAUCAGAAGGGACCUAUCCUAUAUCACAUGGAUCCCUCCGGUACAUUCCUUCAGUUUGAUGCUAAAGCUAUUGGAUCAGGAUCAGAAGGAGCUCAGUCACAAUUACAAGAAGUUUUUCACAAGUCAUUGACAUUGAAAGAAGCAUGCAAGGAAUCACUAGUCGUACUCAAACAGGUCAUGGAGGAAAAACUUAGCUCAACAAACGUAGAGGUGGCAACCAUCACACCACAGAAUAAGUUCCAGAUGUUUUCAAAAGAAGACAUUGAGGCAAUCAUAGCAGAGAUGUAGGAAACACAGCUGAUGUCUGUAUUCUUCUGUUGCUUUUUGUAUUUUGGGUCUCACAACUCCAACAGAUUACUUAAAAUGUCUUUUUUAUCAAUUCUACUGUAAGCCAAGACAUACUCAUCCAUCAUGUAAUGAAAGUAGUGACUGGGAAGAGGAGGUAGUACAGUGAAACCUGCCUUAGUGGCCACCUGUUUAGAAAGACCACCUGUCUAUAAAGCCUUUUUUUUUUGGGGGGGGGGGGUUAGUGUUGCUCAAUGAAACAGCACAACCUUUACAUUAAGGCCACCUUCCUAUAUAGACACCAUUCCUUGUCUUACUUGGGUGGUCUUGAUAUACAUGUUAGACUGUAUAAAUGUUCAUAGCUACGUGCUUAUCAGAAACUGGAGGGAUUUGUUUUGAAUUGACUUAUUCUCAGAUACGCUGUCCAACAACAUGGCAUCUUCAGAGCAAUGCCGUCCUUACGUCAACUUUAGGGAAAUGACCGACAAUCUAUCAAUUAAUGUACCCGUAUGUCAAUACUCAGUAGUGUUGUUCUGAAGCUUUCUGACAGUUUAAUAAGUUUAUUUUAUUUUCUGUUUGCUAAGAGGUAGUAGGAAUUGUAUUUGUAAAAUGCACAAAGUGUUCAGUUUACAUUGACAUUUUCAUUGAAAGUGUCAUUCACUUUAAUUUUCAAAGUAUGAUUGUGCUUUUACAUGUGGUAUUACUAUCUUGUAUUUAAUUCAAAUAAUUCCAAAGGUACAACAUUUAUUGUAUUCUGUGACUUAACGUGAAACUUUGUGAAAGGCCUCUGCCUAUAUGAGCUCAUAAAAUGAGACCAAUGGCUGAACAGGAUCAUUCUGAUAAGAUUGUCUUGUUGGUUAGGCAAAAGUAUACAUGGUUUAAUGUACUUGCAAGUGCGGUUCUAAUACAUGAACCACACAAAGGGGACUUUAAAAAAAAAUACCAAUCUUUAAGUCUCCCAGAGAGGGGUAUCUAACAACGGUAUUAUGUUAAAUCAUAAUUAAAUGUGUACAUUUCCUUGGUACUUCCAAAGCACCUCCUUGUGAUGCUUCAUGAUCAUACAUGUAGCUCACUGAUUUGGACCGAUGGUAAAAAUUGACUUUGUGCUUAGAAGCCUAUAUGGACAAAGCUCAAUAUCUUCUUGAAACUCGGGGGCCCAGACAGAAAGUCUUUCUCAGUCAUAGGUAAUCUGUAUGGAGUUGUGGUAAUUAAUUUUCCUGUACAUAUCAUUUUCAUACGGCAACCAACAUUCUUUUGUUAGAUUUGGAUUGUUAGUCUGUUCCAUCAUAUGUAGACUGAUUUAUGUGUAACAUUAAAAUACUCAUUAAAUGGUAAAAAA